AUGACGACCCACAACGAGCUAUGGUUGACUUAUCACCAAGCGUCACGCUGCAACAAGCCAGCGACGACUCAGUUGGUGGAACUUGAGUUUCAGAAUGAGAAGUUGACUGACUUGGAGGAUGUGCUCGAGCAUUUAUUCCGCCAGGGAUUCAUCGAGGCCCAGCAUCGGUCGCUGUCAUAUUGGGAGAACCACAGCGGGCAGCGACUCAGCCCAGGUCAUGCUCUAGAAGAACUGCUGACGGAAGGUGAAGGCAAAUGCCCCCAGUCUGCUCUUAGGCUGAUCAUUGCCGAUUGUCCGUCCCAUUUGUGGUUCAGUUAUGUCUAUACUCACAAGAGUGCGGCGCCCGCCGUGACGCAGCGCGUUAAAUUUUGUCAUGCCCAUGAGGCAAAGCUUGAAAUCAUAGCCCACCUCACCAACCACAUUUUUCGUAAUGGCUAUCUUCCCGCACGAUAUCGGGCAGUGGUGACUUGGCAGGGUACUUGUGGAAGGAAGAUAGAAGAACACGAGAACCUUGAUGCUCUGCUUACCGCAGGAGAGGGUCUCUCCGAAACUUCGCCCCUACGUCUUAUUAUAGGUAAGUUUCGUAGUUGUCAGUUCUGCUGA